AUGCGAUCCUUGAUCUCGGACCUUCAGAAAAACUAUCCUGAUGACCCGACUGCAAAGAAGGCGAUCAUUCAGCUCAACACUGACCUCGUCACCUUGGACGCCGAGUACAACAAAUUGUCCGACAUGGUGGCCAAAGGUGAAAGGGAUGAUCACAAUGAGCAGUGCACCAAAGUAGCACAGAAUGAAGCCAAGAUUCGGUCUGCAAAGAAGCACUUCAAGAAGAAGGAGUCGGAGGAAUCUGUAAAAACUUUGGCUUACCAACAUCUACCCUUUGAAAGUGAUUUUCAGCUAAGUGACCCACAGGAUCCACCGUCGUUUCUUUGGGAAGAUCGCUAUCUACAGCAUCCUGACCUUAGAAGCCUUCCCAGGUCCCAGGAUGUAUUCAGGAAGAUUGAAUUGGAUCCGUGCUUGUUGCUUGCACUGCCAAAGCCAAGUGCCACAGCUGGCCGUAUUUUGGAGCAUGCCAUCCAAACGUUUGAGGACCUUGUAUCCAAGAACAAACCAUUGACCUUCAAGUUCGGGAUAACUCACGAUGCGUCCAUACGAUGGAACAACGAAACUUUUGGAUACAAAUACUCGAAGGAUAUUUUCGACUACAUGUUGGUUAUCUAUGGAGCUUCAAAUCCAUAUGGACCUGCUUUCCUAGAAGCUGCCAGCUGCGUCAGCCAGAUCCUGACUGCUGAAGCAGUUGCCCACGACAUGGGUGAGUGCAGGGCCGCUGACGUUGGUGUGCGACAGUGGGCUAAGUGCCAUGUGAAAAACUCUGAACGAGAUGUUCAUAGGACCAUGAAAAAACAGAAGACCAAGUUAGAGAUACCAGUGGGGACCAUAGAUUGUGACGGGUGUGAGAUCCCAUGGAUUUCUCCAGAGUCGUGGCUCCAGUUUGUUGUGGACAGGGGUCUUUGGCCUGUGCUGGCUGGGUGCGCUCUCAGUGACUACGAGGGAGCCCGUUGCAAUUGGUCAGAGUUUUGGCAGACCUAUGAAAAGGUCAACCCUUCCUUUGAUCUAUUCCACAUGCAGGGAAUAGACCUGUCUAGAACUGCUGCUUGCCUGAUUCAUGGCGAUGAGGGCAGGACUUUGAAGCGUGGCGGCAUGCUGGUGACUUCGCUGCAGAGUGCUCUUGGUCGUGGCUAUGACGAGAAACGUGUCAGAAGGCAAGCCUUGGCUGCAGGAGACCGUCCUCCUUUAUAUGUCAACUUUGCUGGGCAUUCAUUUACCACCCGGUUUGUUGUAUCCACGAUUCCAAAGACAGCUUACGAUGUGCAGCCUGAACUGUUCCACAGUGCUUUGGACCAUGUGGCCAGGUCAUGUCGGAAGUUGCUGGACAAUGGGUGUGUGGACAAGUCUCGUGGUGGGGAGACCUUCAGAAUAGUUAUUCUGGGGGUCAAAGGUGAUGCUCCAUACUUGACCAAAGCUGCCCAUUUCUACAGGUCGUACAACACCACGGCCAAGCGAGGCGAAGAGCGUGGGCCCCCGAAAGGCUGCUGCCCGUAUUGUCUUGCUGGAACCCGGUCGUGCGCUGCUGAGGAGGUUGCGACGGACAAACCUCAAUGGCUUAGCACUGUCGGUGUCAAACUCCCUUGGGUCAGGAACCCUGCGCUGAUUCGUCAUUUGGUGCAUGAUCGGUCAUUUCCAGCUGGAUUCUUCAAGUCUGAUAUUUGGCAUGUGUUCCACUUGGGCUUUGGACGUUCUUGGGUGGCCAGUGUGCUACAGUGUACAUUGCCUUACCUUCCAUGUGACAAUUUGGAACAGAAGUUUGAUUUCCUGACGUCGAAGUACCUUGCAUGGUGUGCUGGAAACAAGAAACAGGCCCAUGUCAGCCGAAUCACGCCUUACCUGAUGAGCUAUGGCGACGCAAGUGGUGCCAUGGGCAACUGGCACAAAGGUGCCCUCACCACGAACUUCAUGCAGUUUCUGGUUGACUUGCUGGGUCAGAUACCUUUGGACCAAGAAGGGUUGCUCUUGAAGUGUCGUGCUGCUACGUAUCGGAUGAAUGCAAUGUUCAGUCUCCUUUACCGUGCUGGCGCUUUCUUGACAGAGAACGAAUGUGUUUUCGUGUCGGAGCAGGGGCUGGCCUAUUUGGACACCUAUGCGCACCUUGCCAAUGCUAUGUUCCGAGCUGGCAAGCAGUGGCUGUUUCCGUUGUACCCGAAAUUACACAUUUUUCACCACAUCAUUUUGGAGGUGAAGCAACAGGGGUUGGCAGUAAAGACUGCCUGCAACCCCACUAUGUGGGGUUGCCAAAUGGACGAGGAUCUUGUGGGCAAGGCUUCUCGUCUGUCUAGGCGAGUUUCGAUUCGAAAGGUAGCUUCACGUUCAUUGGACCGGCCGCUGCAUAUGCAGCCUUUGUACGGGGUGGGCUGCUGGUUUAGAAAAGAGUCUGGGUGUGUCUGGGUGGGUUUCUGGACGGCAUGUUUGUUUGUUGGAGUUUCAUGCAUGUGCAUGUUGAGUCUUUUUGAGCAAUGA